CCGCCCCAUCCCGGCAUGCACCGGGCAGCAAGUGCAGCCUUUCUGUUGAGCAGGAAAAUGGCGGCUUCUAGCGCAGAGCCGCAGGUCCUAGUACAGUACUUGGUGCUACGAAAGGAUCUCUCGCAGGCUCCGUUCUCCUGGCCGGCGGGUGCACUGGUGGCGCAGGCUUGUCACGCGGCCACCGCGGCCUUGCACAUUCACCGCGACCACCCGCACACGGCGGCUUACCUCCGGGAGCUAGGGCGCAUGCGCAAGGUCGUCCUGGAGGCCCCAGACGAGGCCGCCCUGAAGGAGCUGGCUGGCAGCCUGCGGCAGGGGAACGUGGACCACACGCUGUGGCUGGAGCAGCCCGAGGACAUCGCCACCUGCAUCGCGCUCCGCCCCUACCCCAAGGAGGAAGUGAGCCAGUACCUGAGGAAGUUCCGGCUGUUCAAGUGACAGCACUUGCUGGGGUUCAGAGUGUUUGCCGGAUCCAGAAACUGCACCCCCACCCCACCCCCUUUCCCAGCACUGUGUCCCCACCUUCCAGUGGUAACUCUGUUUUCCUUCUAAUUAUAACAGCUUUUUGAGGGCCAGACACGUUAUGAAAGUGGCCAUGAAUCAGUAUGCGUCCUCUUGUUCUGAAGUAUUAAAGUCUGAUAGAGAAACUA